UCACAGAAAAUGGCCGACUGUGAGUUUAGGGAUAAUUUCCUUCGGCUCCAUGCACCAUUUUAAGGUGUCCUACGUCUGACCAUGCACUGUUGCAUUUAGCAGAAAAAGAUAAUGUUUAAAAAGGCGAAACGAGCAAAUUUUCGGCGGAGGAAUGAGUCCGACGAGGACGAACAGGAGGAGAGUCGGCAACCGCCACUGGCACCGACAUCGUUUGGGCCUGUAGUGGAGGAAAUCCCGUUCAUGGAGACCUUCAAUAGCAGCAUUAGUGCAGCACCGAACAUCGCGGAUAACUAUCAUAGCAACGGCUUUCAGGUUAACGUUCAUAGCAUAAGAGCCGUCAAGAAAGAAAAGAAAGUCAAAGAUAUAGCUCCGGUGCCUGGACCCACGAAAGCAAGUUUACUGAGUUUCGACGAUGAAGAAGAAGGAUCCGAGGUGUUCAGAGUGAAGAAGUCCAAUCACAGCAAGAAGAUCGUCAAACAGCUGAAGAAGGAGUACAAGGAGGAUUUGGAGAAGGCUGGACAUGUCAAACAGGACAUCAAAUCAGAUGCUCCACCUCAGCCAGCGGUUGCCAUCAAAGAGGAGGUCACGAGCGGAGCAGGCAGCGAACAGGGCGAGGAAGAAAUGGAGGUGGACAGCACUGAUGAGCAGGAGGAAGAGGCACGAGGUCAAAGUGGCCAGGCACAUGGCCAAGCCUCCAAGAACAACAAUACUGGAGCAACAUUCAACACGCUUUCCUCCCUCGGCAGCCUCAGACCAGGGGAGAUCCCCGAUGCAGCCUUCAUCCAUGCUGCAAGAAAGCGCCGGCAACUGGCUAGAGAGCUGGGAGGUGACGCCCCUCUGGUCGAGACAGAGGCUCCUAAGAAACGCCUGGUGGGAGAAGACCAAGAUGCCAGCGACGACGAAGACGAGGAAGAGAAGAGGAUCCGCUUCAGUGGGGUGAAGAACAAAAGCCAGCGACAAAAGAUAGCUGAGGAGAUAGGUAUUGAGGGUAGUGAUGACGAGGCACUGGAUACAGGUCAGGAUGAAGAGGUGAGCCGUUGGGAGCAGGAGCAAAUUAGAAAAGGAAUCAGCAUACCCCAGGUCCAAAGCACCCAGCCAGAGGAGACCACAGUCUACUACCAGAACAGCUACGAGAGCCAGCCCUAUGGCUCUUCUUACAGCUUGCCAUUCACCUACAGCACCGUGGCACCACAGACUGGCAAGCCAACUGGCCGAGCAGACAACGGCUCCGUUCACUACGGGGCCCCUAUUAGUGACCUAACCCCGGUAUCCAUUGAUCUGGUAAAGAAACGCCUGCUGGAUAGGCUCGGCCAAAUGUGUGCAGGCCACAGCGCAAACGCCAAGCGCUACAAACAGAUCGAAGACGACCUAGCUGCCUCCGAGAGCACCAUACAGCAGCUGGAGGGCUCAUCCAAUGACAAUGCAGAUCAAUAUAAAUUCUUGCAAGAGAUGCGAGGGUAUGUUGGAGACUUGCUUGAGUGUUUCAGUGAAAAGGUGCCUGCUGUCCUGGAGCUGGAGGCUGCCAUGCACCAGUUACUAAGGCAACGGGCCUCACGACUUGUCCAGAGAAGACAGGAUGAUAUUAAAGAUGAAUCGUCGGAGUUUGCAAGCCUUUCAAAUAAAGCUGUCAUGGCUCCUAAUCUAGACUCAUUUGGUCGAGACCGCGCAGCAUACCAAGCGCACAGUUGUCAGAGGAGGAUAGCAGAAAGAGAAGCACGACGAACACGGCGGCGACAAGCUAGAGAGCAGAAUGGAAAGAGGGCUGAGCAUAAAGAAGGCUUAUCAUCUGAUGAUGAGGAAACCUCUACUGACAUAACCAGCUUCAACAUGGAGAGAGAUCGCAUCAUCAGGGAAUGUAAGAAAGUGUUUGAGGAUGUGGUGGAGGACUUCCAUUCUCUUGACUGCAUCAAAUCCCAUUUUGAAGUGUGGAGGCGAGACUAUGCCGAAUGCUACAGGGAUGCUUACAUAGGACUCUGUCUGCCCAAACUCUUCAACCCUUUAGUCCGCCUGCAGCUCAUCACGUGGAACCCUCUUGAGGGUCAGUGUGCAAACUUCGAGUACAUGCUCUGGUUUGAGUCGCUGCUGUUUUACGGCUUUGAGGAGCACAGCACUUUACAGAGAGGAGAUGGAGAUAUCAGCUUGCUGCCUGCUAUAGUGGAGAAGGUCAUCCUCUCCAAACUGACAGUGUUGGCAGAACAAGUGUGGGACCCGCUGUCGAGCAGUCAGACAGCCAGUCUGGUGGCUUUCAUUCACAGACUAAUGAAAGGUUACCCCACUGUGCUGCAUGGGGACAACCGCUACACACAGGAGCUUUUGAAAACCAUCGUCUUAAGGACCAGGCGUACUCUGGAUGAAGAUGUCUUCCUUCCACUCUACCCCAAAAAUGUGUUGGAGAACAAGAAUAGCGGCCCCUACUUGUUCUACCAGAGGCAGUUCUGGUCCUGUGUGAAGCUGCUGGGCAACAUCCUGCAGUGGGAAGGCGUCUUAUCCAUGUCCUGUCUGAGGGAUCUGGCUUUGGACAGCACUCUGAAUAGAUACAUCCUCUCUGCACUGCAGACCACAGAUACUUGGGAGGACAAUGUUCCAAAGUGCCAGAAGGUGGUGGAGUGCUUGCCAGUGCAGUGGUUCUCUGGGCUGAAGGGCCAGCAGACGUUGCCUCAGUUGGAGCCAUUCUGUCGCUACCUCACCCACCUGGCCAACUUAUUGUACCGCAGCAGUUUGGGCAUGUCUGAUGUGGAACGGCGCAAUGCCAAGGACCAAGUGAAAGAGGUCGUGAAGAUGUUGGGCCACGUGAAUGCCCUGGACCACAUCAUCACCGUGGCAGCAGAGCACGGCAUUAAAGACAUCAAGACACUUUUGGAAGCCAAAUCGUAGAGGACGACAUGGCAACAGCAACUUUUCAUUCACGUUUUGUUGUUUUCAGCACGCUUGAAGCCGUGGGGAUCACCAAGUGGGAUUCCUGGAAGAAGGUGUGCAUAAAUAAAACUCAACUGUCGCUACUUUAACUGAAAGAGGAAGGUGAAAAAAACCUUGGUGUAAAUAUUGUGAAUAGUGUAAAGAAGGGUGUGCUACACCUAUCAACAAGACCCAUGCUGAAACGAGGCCUUGUAUUGUCAGCUCAAAAUAACCACUCCGUUAUUCUACAUGCUGGCGUUAUUUUACAUGCAUAAUUUAUUAAGAGUAAACAGUGAAUUGCUGGCAUCUGUUUGUAAAACAUCUGAUCUCUAAAUUGACACCAUAUUUGACUUGGAUCUCUGUAAAAACCGCUUAACCACCUUUAUUUCUCUUACACGCUAAUGUUUUCCACAUGUGCCAAAAGAACUUUUGAAAGGUAGAAAUUUCACACUGGCAAAGACUGACAACCAACUUGUCUCCCUGCGCUCUGUGGCACAGUUAGUCUGGUUGUUUUUUGCUCCCCACCUCAUCCCACAGUGCUCCUCGUCACCCAUGGACUGCCCUGAUGACCCUACCAGAGCUGAGAGCUUUGUAUUCAGAUUUGUACAACUUUUGUUUCAGUAUUUUAUUUGCCUGAGAAUAAACUAUCCAUUUGA